GGCCGCACAGGAAAGGCUCCUUCCUCUGAUUUAACUGCUGCGCUAAGCUGGGAUCGGCGAGGCGCUGCCUCCAGCCUAACGUUUUCAUAAUCAUGGCUUCUGACUCCACGGACAAGCCUGCAGUGCAAACUUUCCCGACUGGGCUCGGGCAAAGGGACGCCUGAGACCUUAAAGAAGUCCAAAAAGAGCGUCCGGGCCAACGGCAAAGGGGCAGCAUGCUAUGAGAUAUUGCCCCUGGGCCUCAAAAAGAAGAUGGCUGCGGAACUUUACCCUGCCAGCGCCAAUACCAAUCUCGCAAACAGCAAUAACGCCGCCGCCAACACCAAGAAAAACGCCCUUCAGUUCCAGCAGAGCGCGCAGCCCCCGCCGCCGCCGCCGCAAAACCUCAACAACAACAACGUGGAGAGCGCUAACUGGCAGUCCUUCCACCCCACCCUGCGAGAGAGAAACGCACUGAUGUUCAACAGUGAACUUAUGGCUGAUGUGCAUUUCAUUGUGGGCCCAGUGGGGGCAGCAAAGAAAGUUCCUGCUCACAAGUAUGUAUUGGCAGUGGGUAGUUCGGUCUUCUACGCAAUGUUUUAUGGAGAUCUUGCAGAGGUCAAGUCUGAAAUCCAUAUACCAGAUGUAGAACCUGCUGCUUUCCUAAUCUUAUUAAAGUACAUGUAUAGUGAUGAAAUCGAGCUGGAAGCAGACACUGUGCUGGCUACUCUGUACGCGGCCAAGAAAUACAUUGUCCCUGCCUUAGCAAAAGCUUGCGUCAAUUUUCUGGAGACUAGCUUAGAGGCCAAGAAUGCUUGCGUUCUGCUGUCUCAGAGCAGGCUCUUUGAGGAACCAGAGCUGACACAACGCUGCUGGGAAGUCAUUGAUGCUCAAGCUGAAAUGGCACUGAAAUCGGAGGGCUUCUGUGAAAUAGAUCAACAGACGCUAGAAAUCAUUGUGAUGCGGGAAGCACUAAACACCAAGGAGGUUGUGGUGUUUGAGGCAGUUCUGAACUGGGCUGAGGCUGAAUGCAAGCGGCAAGGGCUGCCAAUUACGCCAAGGAACAAGAGGAAUGUAUUAGGGAAAGCUUUAUACUUGGUCCGGAUUCCAACCAUGACUUUGGAAGAGUUUGCCAAUGGGGCUGCUCAGUCUGACAUCCUGACCCUUGAGGAAAGACAUAAUAUUUUCUUGUGGUAUACUGCUGCAAAUAAACCGAAGUUAGAAUUUCCACUAACAAAGCGGAAAGGACUUGCACCUCAAAGGUGCCAUCGAUUUCAAUCAUCUGCAUAUCGCAGCAAUCAAUGGAGGUACCGGGGACGAUGUGACAGUAUCCAGUUUGCUGUAGAUAAAAGGAUAUUUAUAGCAGGAUUGGGACUCUAUGGGUCAAGUUCUGGAAAAGCUGAAUACAGCGUCAAAAUUGAACUGAAGAGGUUAGGCACUGUACUUGCCCAGAAUCUGACAAAGUUUACAUCCGAUGGAUCUAGUAAUACUUUCUCAGUAUGGUUUGAGCAUCCUGUGCAGGUUGAGCAAGAUACCUUUUACAAUGUGAGUGCCAUUCUAGAUGGCAAUGAGCUCAGCUAUUUUGGACAAGAGGGGAUGACUGAAGUACAGUGUGGAAAAGUGACAUUCCAAUUCCAGUGUUCCUCUGACAGCACCAAUGGCACAGGAGUGCAAGGAGGACAAAUACCUGAACUCAUUUUUUACGCAUGAUGCAUUUCACUUAGAUUGUAUUCCAGGGUUGUUCUGCAUAUUAAUAGAUACUCUGAUCUGUCCGAAAGACUGCGGAGCAGAUCAGAGUAUUAUAGUACUUAACUAUUUACCAUCAGGCUAUGAAACUAAGUGAAGGAAUGCUCUUGAAUUUAAUCUUAUUUUAUUUAUUCAUAAGCUAUUUGACUUAAUUAUUAAACUGAACUGCAGUAUGCAGAGAAAGAAAUGU